UCUAUACGCUUCGUCCCGAUGCUGAGAUAAAGCUUAUUGCAAGACAUCGUUCGUCCGUCGUUCGUUCUGUCGGCGGCGGGCGCGUGGCUGGCAGCCAUAAUGGCACUCUGUCGACGUUGUCGCGACUUCGAUGUCCAGUGCUUUCAAAGAAACACUUUCAGAUACAGGGGUUAUCCCCUGGAAGCCGUGAUAAACUCAGCGGGCUCGGGGUGCUCUUUUUGCAGUCUUUUACUCCAACAUCUGAAGUCGUCUGACAAUGGAAAUCAACACAGUUAUCUCAACAUAGCGCUUCGGAGGAAAACUGGUGAACAGCUGGCUGUGUCGCCAUUUUCGGCUGAUGCGCUGUUGCUCAUCUUCCGCUCACUAUACAUGGCUAUCUCUCCAGCUUGGGUGCACUUUAGCGUGCGGCGCGCUGACCAUAUCCCGUGGUUAACCGGCGAAGGUCUCAACAUUAGGUCUUUGGGCGCUCAUGUUUCAAACUCUAGGUACUCAAAUGAAGUUGAUGCGUCUGAUGGUGAUACCCCACAAAUCUGGUUCCAGACUGCCGCCGACGAAGGCACGGCAGCAUACACAUCCCGGGAUAUCAACGGCCAUCUGUUCGCAGACAAGUCAACUCUGUCGCAAUCUAAUAUUGAGGCCAUUCGCAAGUGGCAUGGAAAGUGCAGCCUUCUCCACGAGCGCUGCAAUAGAACGCUAUCUCAAUGCGACUCUAUCGACGUGGAGCUAGCCGAAUUGCCAACACGGUGUAUUGAACUUCGACCUGUAUGUGGGAAUGAAGCUUGCGACAAAUGCGACUUACUGUUUAUCUUGGUGAGGACUGAAGGAAAGAAAGGGAAAUACUUUAUUCUGAGUCAUCGCUGGGGUCGGGAUACCUUCCUUGCCAGGACGACUAAAGACAACUACGAAAAUAGGUGCACACAUGGAGUCAGUUGCGACACUCCCGAUGGCAUCACACCCCUAUUCUACGAAGCGGGUCAGCUAGCCUUUCAGCUUGGUGUUAGGUACAUAUGGAUUGACUCUGUAUGUAUCGUACAAGAUGAUCCGGCUGACUGGAGGCGAGAGUCGGUCAAAAUGGCCCAGUACUACCAAUACGCAUGGCUCACCAUCGCUGCGACGCAUACUACUGAAGACGGCCGCUUAUUUCGCGACGUCACAGUAACGGACCUGACACGCGUCACACGGCUCCCGUAUCGAGGGGUUAAUGGGGAGCAAAAUGGCUAUUUCUACUUACAGGGAGCCGACGCUAAGGGCCUUGCAAACGACUAUAUAAACACGGUCGGUAACAGUGAGCUUACACGACGCGGAUGGGUAUACCAAGAACGUAUCCUCAGUCGUCGUCUGUUAGCAUUCUCUGCGACUGGGAUGUUUCUGCAAUGUCAGACCGGCGUGCCCCAAUCUGUUGUAGGUGACCGUGUGCAAUACGAUCUAGCUGAUGAAGAAGAAGUUGACGAUGAUGACGACGAGAACAAGCACCGGUAUUUCCAGGAGAGAGUCCGCAGGGAGAGGUUCUUUAACGAGAUGAUGCUGGGCAAUUUUACUACGCCAUCCUCGACCGUAUCCAGGUGGGAGGAGAUUGUUCAGAGAUACUCGGGACUGGAACUUACGCGAAUAGAUGAAGACCGCCUCAUAGCCCUAUCUGGUGUCGCAACUGAGUUCGGGCGUCGACUUCGCAGAUGGGAUAAUGACGACACUGCGAGCUCCGACGGUUGCGCAAACUCCGUUAACUCGCCGUACCUGAGCUACUUCGCUGGGACCUGGCUCCCUGACGUCCAGGGGCUCCUAUGGGAGCAAUCACAACCAGGGACUCGUGGUAGAGUCAGAGGGAUUCCCACAUGGUCCUGGGCGUCCAUGGCCACUCUGGGCCUCAAUUUUGAAAGCAAGAAUGUUUGGUCUGGCAUGGCCGUGCAAUGGGCCACGCUUGAUACGCCAUACAGGACGUAUCCUUCGUGCGAGUUGACAGAAAUGUUGCCAAUUCCCGUCACGAAGAAGAAGCUGCGCCCCAAUUAUGGUCGGGCGCGCCACUUCUGGCCUGAUAUUGAAUACGGAGACGGCAAUCUAUUUGCGAUGCUUGGUGUACGCGGGAUCCUAAUCCCAGUAUCCAUUCAUCACAAGUUUAGGGGUAGAGAAGAUGCCUUAGUUGCAGCGAAGCUAACUGAUCACAGAUCAGAUUUCGGCAGAAACAUGUGGCGGCGUGUGGCUACGCCUCAGGAAUGCCAGACUGUCACAGGUUGGGCAUCCGUGGAACAUCCGGAACUCCAAGCCGAUGAUGAAUGUCUAGCCAGUAACAAUAUCCUCGCAUUGGUGAUUGAGACUAUUGGGGGGAUAAUUGAGGGCUUCGGCAUGGGAAAUCUGAGAGAACGUAUGACAGCGUACAAGGUCGUUUAUAUACGGCCCCUGAAGGUCUAUGGGUUUGAAGACUCCUUUGAGCGGAUCGGCGUCGGCAGGCUCUUUGGGGAUGUGAUUGACUCACAAUUCCACUCUACGGAAAUGAAGGAUGUAUGGUUAGUGUAAUUAUAGUGCGACGAUAGGUUAUUGGAAGUACAGUUGAAAGAAUUCCUCACAUAUUAAGUUUAUUUCUACCGCUUUCUGAAAGACUCGAGUUAAAUGCUCAACAUGUCUGCAUUGAAAUGACGU